AUGAGGUUCUUGUGUCUUCCCGGUUCUUACGGGAGCUCGGAUAAAUUCCAGGUUCAACUCGCCCCCAUCGUAACAGAGCUCACCUCCGAUGAAUCCGCAACAUUCCACUUCAUCAACGGCAACUGCGAAGCCAUGCCACCAGAAGGCUUCGAAGAAUUCUUCGGCCAGCCGCCCUACCACCGCUUCAUCGAGCCCGAUGACCCAGACAUCGUCGAAGGCGCCGACGUUCUCUCCCGCAUCCGCGACUUCCCCGAAUGUGAAACCCCCGAGGACACUAUGCGCGAGCUCAUGCGCGAGGGCGUCGCCGACUGCCGGCGCAGCACCGUGAGAGCCAUCCAGUACCUUUACGAGAUCAUGGAAAAGAGCGGGCCCUUUGACGGCGUGAUCGGAUACUCCGAGGGUGCCAUGUUGGCGGCGACUUUGUUGCUGUUCGAGCAAGUACGGAAGAAGGAGUUUGGUAUUGAGCCGAUGCUGAAGUGUGGCGUUUUCUUUAUGGGUUGGCCGCCAUUGCAUCCUAAGACUUUGACCUUGGUGCUUGCUGAUGAGGCGGAUUUGAUGAUUGAGGUUCCGACGACGCACAUCAUCGGUUCGCUCGAUCCCUAUCUCGAUGGAUCUAUGGCGCUUUACAACGUUUGCGACGCGGACACGGCUUACAUCUUUGACACGGCAAAAGGACAUACUCUCCCAAGAGAGAAGACGUUGGUAAAGGAGUUGGGCGAUACACUCAGGAACAUGAUGGCUCAGGUUCAGUAG